AUGGCAUCAAAAAAGGACCAACGCAGGCCCGACCUGGUGAUUCCCUACCAGGAGCCAUUGUCCAAGGGCGACAACCCCGAGCUGUCGUCCACCCUCUCCCAGACCCUUCCGAUGGCCGCGAUCUUCAUGCGCAACCGCUACAUAGGAUGGGCAGCCGUGGUUUUUAGCGUCCAGAACUGGCUGGGCGAGAGCGAAGACAGCCAGAAGAGCAACAGCACACCGGGCUACUUUUCAGUCGGCAUGAGUCUGAUGUCUCUUGUCGUGACUUACCUGCCCAUGUUUCUCCCUCCCCCACCCGGUACACAACGAGGUGCGACAGGCACCGAGGCUGCGGCGCCAGUGCCUCCUUCAUAG